AAACACCAGCUGAUCAAAAUGGGUUAAUUGUAUGUAUUUUAGCCCUCUUUCACGUUGAUAAAUUGUGUAUCAAACGCCUUUUAAGCGUUAAUAACGACAGGGUUCUUCUCGAAAUCCGCUAAUUUUUCGCUCUGUCUUGUUAUUAUAUGUUUAUGCCAUCGAUUCCUGUUGCUUAUUUUGGAUUAAUUUGAAUAAAAAUAAUUAAAGUGAGCCAAUAUGGGAGAGGAAAUGAUCGAAAGGUAUUAAAACCCGUUUAAAAAUGGAGGGUUUGCUUUGUGGUGAAAUGACAUCUUGUGCCGUUUGUGAAGGAACAUGGGUGAGUUUUGAUUGUCCUUUUGUCGUGUGUCACUACAUUAAAGGCGUGUAUACGUUAUGUAAGUCUAUUGUCUUGUUUGUUGGUUGUUCUCUUUUCAUCUAAAUCCAUUGAGUCAUGGUAAAGAUGAUGGUUCACACAAGCCAACCUAGAUUUUUUAUGUGUGGUCAUUUUAAUGUAGUAGAAUAAGUUAAUAUGAAUUCCUUUAUGCUUUGUUGGGAAGGAUGAAUUUGUAGUUUAUGGUGCUGAGAUAUUUUGCAUUGCUUGGUUUUGGGCAUCUUUACUGGUGCAGGAAAAUAAGAUGAAUACAUUAGCAAGGAUGCUAUUGAACAGUGAUGUUAAACACACACUUUACAAAUAUUAAAAAAUGUGAAGAAAAAUUAUUGACAUUUGGUGAACGUUUGGUGUUCCGAUGCAAUGACUGGAUGAUUUUAAAGUAUUUCAUCUAUUUGUCCUCAGUCAUAGGGAAGAGAAAACAAUUACUAAGAUGUCCUGCAAGUUUACUUUGCAGAUCCGUCUUGGUGUUUAUAGAUCUGCAGUAAAAUGAUCAUGGCUGCUAACAUGGGGUCCAUGCGCAUCCUCAUCAAGGGAGGAAAGGUGGUGAAUGAUGACUUCACACAGGAAGCAGAUGUUUAUAUCGAGAACGGCAUCGUACAGCAGGUUGGGAAGGAGCUGAUGAUCCCAGGUGGAGCUAAGGUGAUCGAUGCUUCUGGAAAGCUGGUGCUGCCAGGUGGAAUCGACACCUGCGUUCACCUACAGCAGACGUUUAUGAACGCCAGCAUUCAAGACGACUUCUACAGUGGAACCAAGGCGGCUCUGAUGGGUGGUACCACCAUGGUGAUGGCUCUGGUCCUGCCUGAGCAGCACUGCUCUCUGCUGGACGCUUAUGAGAGCUGCCGCAGUCUGGCAGACGCCAAGGCCUGCUGCGACUACGCUCUGCAUGUUGGGGUCACCUGGUGGGGACCAAAGGUACGCAAUGAGAUGGAGAGCCUGGUGAGGGAGCAUGGUGUGAAUUCCUUCCAGAUGUUCAUGGCCUAUAAAGACCUGAUGAUGCUGCGGGACUCAGAGCUGUAUCAGACGCUGCAGACAUGCAAGGACAUCGGAGCCAUUGCACGUGUGCACGCUGAAAACGGAGAGCUCGUGGCAGAGGGCGCCAAAGAGGCUCUGGAUCUGGGAAUCUCUGGACCAGAAGGAAUAGAGAUAAGUCGACCAGAGGAGCUGGAGUCUGAAGCCACUCACAGGGCCAUCACAAUCGCCAACAGGGCGCGCUGUCCCAUCUACCUGGUGAAUGUGUCCAGUAUGCUCGCUGGAGACAUGAUUGCUGCUGCUAAGAUGCAGGGUAAGGUGGUCCAUGCUGAGACCACUGUAGCUCACACUGUGCUGAAUGGGAACCAGUACUACCACCAGGACUGGACCCAUGCUGCUGCUCAUGUCAUUGUCCCUCCUCUGCGCCUGGACCCAAACACACCGAGCUACCUCAUGGGCCUGCUGGGAAAUGACACUCUGAGCGUCGUUGCUUCAGAGCACCGUCCGUUCAGCACCAAGCAGAGAGCUUUGGGCAAAGAAGACUUCACCAAGAUCCCUCAUGGAGUGGCGGGGGUCCAGGACCGGAUGAGUGUCAUUUGGGAAAGAGGAGUGGUGACAGGAAAAAUGGAUGAGAAUAGUUUUGUGGCUGUGACCAGCUCCAAUGCAGCCAAAAUCUACAACCUGUAUCCACGCAAAGGUCGGAUCAUCCCUGGAGCCGACGCUGAUGUGGUCGUCUGGGACCCCGAUGCAACCAGGACGAUCUCCCUGAGCACCCAGGUACAGGGCGGAGACUUCAACCUGUAUGAGGGGAUGCGCUGCCACGGCGUUCCUCUGGUCACCAUCAGCCGGGGACGCCUGGUGUGUGAGAACGGCGUGUUCAUGUGCGCCGAAGGCUCCGGGAAGUUCUACCCGCAGCGCACCUUCCCCGACUACCUCUACAAGAAGAUGGUCCAGAGAGAAAAGAACCAGGCCUAUAAAGGAGUAGUAAGGGAUCCUUAUUCUGGUGAUGUGGCCAAAGUUGCGAACACGAUGAAGAAGGAGCUCGGUUUGGGUCCGAUCGACGGCGAGUCGCCUAACAAGCCGGUCGCUCGGGCCCACCAGGGUGUCCGAGACCUCCAUGAGUCCUCCUUUAGUCUGUCAGGUUCUCAAGUUGACGACCACAUCCCGAAGAGGUCCUCUGCUCGGAUUCUGGCUCCCCCUGGUGGCCGCUCCAGUGGCAUUUGGUAAUCGUUAGCGUUGGAGUUCAAACCGUUUCCACCUCUGUGUUUUUAUUAUAUUUCCAAGCGACCAGAAAAACUGCACUGAUUUUAAAACAACAGAAUAAAACUUUAAAAGUAACAGGAAAACAAAUUCAAGUAAAAAUCUGACGUAUUUAUUAAUUAGUGGUUUAAACUGUGAAUUUGUGGUUAACUGGAUUAAACGAGGGCUAGCUAUGAACUUAAAUUCUAGCUUAUUGUAAUAAUAACAUAAAUCUGCGGUGCUUUUAAGCCUCGUUACGUUUUAACCAGCGGCAGAUCAAAACCAGUACAGUUUUUAACGGUUCGAAACAAAAGUGUUGCCAGAAUUAUUUAAAAAUAAGUGGAUUCAAACCCGUCACUGACAAACACACGGUACACCGUAGACACCAUAGCGUUAUAGUUUCUUGUGAUAAAUGUGCGUGGAUCCUGUUUGUGAUCGGACGACCCCACUGAGAGUGUUUUUGGUUUCCAGUGGACCAACAGUUCUGUGUGGUGAUGAAAUCCAGCUGCUUCUAACACUCCGUCUGUCUGUAUUUACACUUCCACUGCCUCUAACAGAACCAACAAAAUGCCUGGAAGGUAACGUUUGUCUAGGGCUGGGCGAUAAAUCAGUUUUAUUAAUUGGUUUUUGAGGAUUUAAUGUUUGGAAUAUCUGGAUUUUUUUCCACCAAUCCACUCCUUGGGUUCCCAUAGUUCAGAGUGAUGUCAGCCAAAGCCGCCAUCUUGUUUUACGAGAGGUUAAAAUUAGUCAUGAUAUUGCAACCACAUACAGUAGUUGUUGUGAUGUGAGAAUAAAGUCAAAAGAAUGCAAGAACAAGACAUUAAGAUUACCAGAAUUAAGUCAUAAUCAAUUUAAAUCGGAUCCGGUGUGAAAAAAAAGGUAAUUGUAGUUUUUAGUGGUAUCGUCCAGCCCUAGUUUUGUCCCUUUUAGGACUCCGUAUAUGGGGCGUCUAAAGGGAAAACAAAGAGCGAUGAGUUAAAGUUCAUUUGUGGGUUAAAUGGUUUCUCUGUUAACCAGAUGAUGACAAUGGAGUUUAUUGUAAGUGAAAUGAAUGGAGGGGGAAUGCAGUCCCUCCUCAUGAGCCAUCUGAGCGAAAACAAUAAACAAAUAAACCUCAUUUCUAAAUUCAUGCUCCAAUAAAGAACAAAAGCAAUUCAGCAAUUCAUUUCCUUUAUGUACAGUAGCAUUCACUAGUCUGUUUUUGUUUACAUUUUUCUACCACUGGCAGCUUAUUUAUUCCAGAAUUAUGUGGUUAUUUUUAACUCCUUUGCUGCAAAAACUCAAAAUCUUACCAAGUAUUUUUUGUUUAUCUUCUAACACAAACAUCUUAGUACGCUUGAAGUAAGGCAAAACUAACUUGAAAAUAACUUUUUAGUAGGUUAAUAAUUCCCUAAUAUUGAUUAAAAAUACUUGCUCCAAUGGAAGAUUAUUUCAUAUAUAAUUUUAAAGAUUCUUGUUACAAGUGAAAUAAUUUGCCAUUAUUUUACUAGUAAUAAGGAAUUAUUGAUUUAAAAGAAGCUCAUAUUUCUUGCUGAAAAGUUACUUGUGAGUUAGUUUUGUUUUAUUUCAAGUGUACUACUAUAUUUUCACUAAACUAGACCAGAAAUACUUGAUAAGAUUUUGUUUUUUUGCAGUGUUGUUUAUGCAUUUUACUAUAAAUGAGGCUGCAGAUGUGAUAUAGACAGAGAUUAUAAUACAAUCCCGUGUUAUAGCAGGAAGAUUGAGCUGCACAGGCUGAUAUCUGAAGAAAACCCUCCGGAUGACGUUUCAUUCCUGCCUACUAGUGUUAUAUAUUUAUGCAUAGUCACAUUCUCAUGUGUGGGUACUCUAUACCGUUAAAAAAUUAUUAUUUUUACUUUGUGAAAAGAUUAAAUGUGCCAAUGGGAAUCACCUGUGCCACUCUGUUAACGACGCAUGGAGAGAACCACGUGAACAGACACAGGUUCAUUAAAAAAAAAACAACUGGUGCUUUUUCUAGGAUUGUUUACAACUGUGAUCAUAUUGUUGGACAUUUUGUGUUUUUCUGCUGAGGGCACUGUGAUUCAGUGGUUGUGUUUGUGGAGUUGUGUUGGAAAAUGAACCUGUUAAGUCUGUAAGUGGCUGCUUGUUUCUUACCACAAGAAAAAAAGUAACUGAAUAAAAAAAUAAAUAAAAAAUUUAACAAAUCUUGA